UGCGAUGCCAAUAGUUAGAAGAACGAUACAAUAGUGUUCAGUACACGCAAUAUCUUUGAUCGAAUAUUCAAAGGGGAAUCGACGUUCCUGUAAUCCAUUUCCAUUAAAACAACCACAAACGUAUAAAUCAUUGUCAUUUGCAUAUGCACAAUAGUUCCAUGAACAUUUUAGAAGAAUUUUCUGUGAUUCUAUCGAUGACAGCGAUUCAAGUUUUAAUUCUGUGAAUAGAGGAAGAGACAGAGUCAAAAAAACGACAAGUCAGUUUCAAUAUAAUAAAAAAAAAAUCUAUAAUGAUUAACAAACCUUCCAGCGAUGUAAUGACUUUUGGUAGGUUUUUCAACUGUCCAAAACCAUUGAAUCCGGUGCAAGAAAUGUUAAAUGAAGUCAUGGUAACGAUUUUCCUGUCAUUACAACCAAUUUAACCGAUAAGGAUAUUUUACUGGACUAUUGACAGUUUGCUGUGAAACGAGCGCAAAAGCAGUCGAAAAGUAUUGCUCGCAAAUUAAACAAAUCGGUAGAUUUCUUUUCACUCAUUCAUUCUGGAUUCGUUUGUUUCAGUUCAGGGUUCGGCUUUUAAAAUGGGUUUGUUAUCGUUGUUGAGAAAAUUACGAUCAGCACCUGAAAAAGAAGUGCGAAUUCUUCUGUUGGGAUUGGAUAAUUCGGGUAAAACAACAUUACUGAAGCAAUUGGCAUCGGAAGAAGUGACACAAGUAACACCAACCGCCGGAUUUAAUAUAAAAAGCGUUGCCGCCGAAGGUUUCAAGAUAAAUUUUUGGGAUAUUGGUGGACAGAGUAAAAUUCGACCAUAUUGGAAAAAUUACUUUGAGAAUACAGAUGCACUCAUUUAUGUAAUUGAUUGCAGUGAUCGUAAGCGAUUGAUUGAAACAGGCAAUGAGUUCGCCGAAUUAUUGGCAGAUGAAAAAUUAAACGAUGUGCCAAUCAUGAUAUUUGCAAAUAAACAAGAUUUAGAGAAUGUAUUGAAAGUGUCUGAAGUGGCCGAAGCAAUCGGUUUGGUAAAAUUGAAAGAUCGUACGUGGCAAAUUCAAGAAUGUUCGGCACUCCAAGGAACCGGAAUCAAGGAAGGAAUGGACUGGAUUUGCAAAAACAUCAAGAAGAAUUGAAAGAAGAAGAAGAAGAUGCUAUUUCGAUAUUACCAUAUUCAAUCAAGCUCACCUUAUUAUACCAUGGUUCUCAAUAAAUAAAGCAAACACAAUGCUUUUUUCUCUUUUA